AUGUACUUCUACAAGGGCUUAAUAAUUGGGACCGUAGUCCUAGUUCAUUUGGUGACCCUCAUAAAAGGAGCAGUCUAUAGCACUGAUGACAAAUGGAUCCUUGCCGACAGGACGAAGGAUCUGCCGGACGAAGCAGUGCUGGGCGGCUUUGAUUCCGAUGGCUACAUAAACUACGUCGGCCGUGUGUACUACGUGAAUAAUGUUCUGCCUGCCCGAGUGGUCCCGGAAUUGGGAAGAGCCUCCUUUAACACGGACGAGGCUAACUUUGCAACUAUAACAUACGAGGUCCUGGUGUCCAAUGCCACUGUCAGCUAUCAAUGGAUCCGUAGCUUCGAUGGUUUUCGGGAGAAUAAUGCAGUAUCCGUGGGAACCAAUGUCGCCAAUGAACGCGUCUUCGUCUGUCGCAUCCGAUGCGCUGGGGGCGUCUUCAUUGGAACCCUGUAUCCUUCCAAGAGAAGGUGCAUUGUCAAAUACGAUAACCUUCAACUCCAUGAAUCCGACAAGUACGAGAUACUGGUCAGACAACGCCAAGUGGCUCCGUUCAUGCCAUUCGCUCUGUAA